UUAAGACACAACCUUUUGAUAAGAUGAUGGAAAACUACGGGGGUUACAUUCAGAAUGUGGACCUGAAAUGUCGGGAGAACAACUCGGCUCACCGUACUGGUGAGAUCGAUUGGAAGCGCUUGAUUGUGCGUCGGGGUCAGUCCUUCGCCGUCUCGGUGCGGUGCUCUGAGUCGGCCCUCCGCCAAAACCAGCUGGCUUUGGUUUUGCGCCUUGGUAAGCGAAAUGAGGUGGUGAUCAAGGUUGAGAAGGGCGGCCGCAGCAAAGACGCUUGGUGGUUUACGCAGGAGGGAGCCUAUGACCAAGUACUGUUGACGCUCCACAGUCCGGCAGACGCCAUCAUCGGCCAUUACCAUCUUGAUGUGUUGGUGACGUCGCCCAACGGACAUGUUCUGGAGAAGAACGACAAGGUUAACUUCCACCUGCUCUACAACCCAUGGUGCAGAGAUGAUGCUGUGUACCUCCCCGAAGAGAGGCUCCUUCAGGAGUAUAUCAUGAAUGAGUAUGGCAUCAUUUACGUGGGCACCUCGGACUACAUCAGCAGCCGCCAUUGGCAUUUCGGACAGUUUGAGGAAAAUAUUAUGGACAUCUGUUUUGAAAUCCUGGACAACUCCAAUGACGCCUUGAGGAACUCAGAGAAGGACAUGAAGCAAAGAUGGGACCCGGUCUACGUUGGCAGGAUCAUCUCCGCCAUGGUAAACUCCAACGGUGACCGGGGCGUGUUGGUCGGCCGUUGGCAGGAGCCGUACACUGACGGAGUCUCGCCUUCCAAAUGGACCAGCAGCGUUCUGAUCCUCCAAAAGUGGAGCAAUGGCAGUACCAGGCCGGUCAAAUACGGCCAGUGUUGGGUCUAUGCUGCUGUUGCCGUCACAGUAUUGCGUUGCCUGGGAAUCCCAGCCCGUCACAUUACCAACUUUGCUUCAGCCCACGACACUGAUGGAAACCUUUCUGUCGACUUCCUGUUUAAUGAAAAAAUGGAGAGCCUCGAUGGAAGAGGAAAGUCCGACAGCAGCUGGAAUUUCCACUGCUGGGUCGAGUCCUGGAUGAAGAGAGCGGAUCUCCCCAACGGAAAUGAUGGUUGGCAGGUUUUGGACCCAACUCCUCAAGAAUUGAGUGAUGGGGAGUUCUGCUGCGGUCCAUGUCCAGUUACGGCCAUCAAGGAGGGAAAUCUGAGCGUCAAGUACGACGCUCCGUUUAUAUUUGCUGAGGUGAACGCUGACAUCAUCCACUGGAUUGUGCGAAGAGACGGCCAACGUCAGAAGAUCAGAGUAUCCCAGGACAGCAUCGGCAUUAACAUCAGCACCAAAAGUGUUCUCAGCAACAACAGAGAAGAUGUGACUUUACACUACAAGUAUCCAGAAGGCUCUAAAAAAGAGAGAGAAGUGUACGAAAAGGCAGGACGUCGAGGCAGAGAGACGACUACGAACACUCGAAAACCGGGCAAACUGCAGAUGACCAUCAAACAUGCAGAACCAGUAUUCGGAUCGGACUUUGACGUAGUUGUUGAGUUGAAAAACCAAGGAGGAACAGAAGCUCACGCCCGUCUGACCUUGCUGGCCAUGGCCGUAACGUACAACUGCCUGCGCCGAAGGGAGUUUGAGAGACAAACCAAAAACGUCAGCGUGCCGGCCCACAAAGUUCACAAGGAGGUUCUGCGCGUCCGCUACGAGGACUAUGCUGAGUGUGUUUCUGAAAACCACGUAGUCAAGGUGAUGGCACUCCUGGAGGCCCAGGGAGAGAACGACCCCGACAUGGCCGUGGCAAAAAUACCGCUCACUUUGCCUGAAAUCCUUGUAGAGAUUCCUGGUAAGGCCGUAGUCCACCAAAUGUUAACAGGCUCCAUCUCCUUUACCAACCCUCUCCCGGUGCCAUUGAAGCGGGGCGUAUUCACUGUGGAGGGGGCCGGCCUGGUGUCCCCCACCGAGAUCAAGAUGAACAGCGACAUCGGGCCGGGUCAGAAAGUGUGCGUCAAGCUCAACUUCACACCCUCGCGCAGCGGCGUCAGGAAAUUCCUGGUAGAUUUCGACUCUGACCGGCUAAAAGAUGUGAAGGGGGUCGCUACAGUGGUUGUGGGCAAGCCUUUCUUCAUGUAAAAUUAGUCGUUUUUUAAAAAAAAAAUUCAUAUGACACGCAGGAAAAAUGAUAAUCUAAAAAGGAUUUACGCUCCUAAUUAACUUACAGUAUUUUUUGGAUGGCAUCUCAUUUCUUCCACGUAUUGAACAAAUCAUUUAACAAGAAGGUUGAAAAUUCAUCACUCCUGUAACGUCAUACACUGUACGAAUGUUUUCUACAUCAGAAUGUACUUUUGUA